GAGAGGUUGUUUGGGUUGUUUCAUUUGCAUCUUCAAACGGUAGGAGGAAGCGAAAAAGGGACCAACCAAUCUCCUCCUCCUUGUUACGGAGGAGAAGAGGUGGUAGUGGUGGUGGUGGUUGUAGCCACAAUCAAGAUUGAAGAAAAAUUUGCAGUCACAAUCGUGGAAAUUUGAAGGUGACGGUGAUCACAACUUCAAUCUUGGCGGGAACACUACCAUAUGUAUAAUAAUGCCUUCCCAUGGUAGCAACAAACCACCUACAAACUUAGUGAUGGUAGCUGUAGACAAAGACAAGAAUAGUGGUCAUGCCUUUCGUUGGAUAACUAAUAAUAUUGAUAAUCCGAUCAUUAUUGCAGUCCAUGUUAAACACAAAGACAUUCCUCAUCGUAGAAGGCACCAAUGUUUUCCCCCCUGACGAAGAGGAUGUAGCCAAUGUUUUCAAUCCCUUACGUGAAAUGUGUGAUGAUAGAGUUGUAAAGAUGAAAGAAGCCGUAAUUGAUGAUAGUGAUAUUGCUAGAGGAAUUUUGGAAUAUGCAAAGAGGAAUCGCAUUCAAACUAUCAUUGUUGGUGCAUCCUCCAGCUUUACUUCCACCUUAACCAAGAAUGUUCUUUCAAGGUCUCUAAACAUGAGGAGUAUAAGCAGAAAAUUUAAAGGGUACGAUGAUAUACCAACAACAUUAAUUAAAUCAGCCCCGGAUUAUAGUUCGGUAUUCGUAGUUUCAAAAGGAAAGAUAGUGGACACUCGAUCAGCAAUAAGCACGUCGGGAAACGUGGUUGCACAAUCACAUGGAUUUUCAUCUUGUAAAUCAGAAAAUGCUCUAAGGACACAAACAUUUAGAAGUGGAAGCACUAAUAGUAGAUCAGGAAGAUCACAGUUACAUGAGCCACUAAAAUUUUUAUCAUCUAGUCAAUCAUUGGAGGUAAUUGAUAUAUCCAAUCGUGGCCAAAGGUCACCAUUUAACGGCGACUCAACAAGCUCAAGUGAAAAUGACUCAUCUGGAUCACACAAAUAUGCUUCAUUGGAUGCAACAAAACAAGAUUGGGAUUCAAGCCUUGCAUCAGAUUCUCAAUCCUUAGGAAGCAUGGAAGCUGAGAUGAAAACAUUGAAGCUCAAACUAAAGCAAACUAUGGAAAUGUACAACUCAGCAUGCAAGGAAGCAAUCACGGCUCAAAAUAAGGCUAAAGAGAUUAAUCAAUGGAAAUUGGAGGAGGCACGUACAGUUGAGGAAGUUAUGAUGUCUAAAGAAGCAGCAUUAGCAAUGGCAGAAGAGGAAAAGGAAAAAGCAAAAGCUGCCUUUAAAGCAGCUGAUGAAGCUAUGAAAAUGGCUGAAAAAGAAACACAAAGAAGAUUGCAAUUAGAGAGGAAAGCUAUGAAAGAGAUUGAAGAAAAGGAUCGAGCAUUAAAUGUGUUGACUCGUAAUGAUAUUCGAUAUAGAAAAUACACAUUGGAAGAUAUUGAACAUGCUACUCAAAAUUUCUCAUUAUCAAUGAAAAUAGGUGAAGGUGGAUAUGGACCUGUUUUUAAAGGCAUACUUGAUCAUACACAUGUUGCAAUCAAAAUUUUAAGACCUGAUGCUUCCCAAGGAAGAAAACAAUUCCUCCAAGAGGUUGAGGUAUUAUGCAACAUAAGGCAUCCCAAUAUGGUUCUCCUUCUAGGUGCAUGUCAAGAGUAUGGAUGUUUGGUAUAUGAGUACAUGGAUAAUGGUAGCUUAGAAGAUAGGUUACUGAGAAAACAGAACAGCCCUCCUAUUCCAUGGAGGAAACGUUUCGAAAUAGCUUAUGAGAUUGUAACUGCACUCCUUUUCCUUCACCAAACAAAGCCAGAGGCUAUUGUGCAUAGAGACCUUAAACCAGCCAAUGUUUUGUUAGACAAAAAUUUUGUGAGUAAAAUAAGUGAUGUUGGUUUAGCAAGACUAGUACCACCUUCUGUAGCUGAUUCUGUCACACAAUAUCAUAUGACUUCAGCUGCUGGAACAUUAUGUUACAUUGAUCCAGAAUAUCAACAGACAGGGAAAUUAACAACAAAAUCAGAUGUAUAUUCUUUGGGGAUAAUGUUACUUCAAAUUAUCACAGCUAAACCUCCAAUGGGACUCUCUCAUCAUGUUAAAAGAUCCAUUGAAAUUGGAAAUUUUUCAGAUAUGCUUGACCCUCUCAUUACUGAUUGGCCAAUUGAGGAAACUUUAGCAUUUGCUAAACUUGCAUUGAGUUGUGCAGAGCUUAGUAAGAAAGAUAGACCAGAUCUUGCAACACUAGUCAUUCCUGAGCUUAAUCGCUUAAGAAAUGUUGGCACUAAAUCACAGAAAAGUUAUCAGAAUCUUAGCCAUGUACCACGUCCUCCUACGCCUCCUCGAAGUCCACUUUGAAAGACGCGAGUGUUGCUAGCACUUCUCAAUAUAAAAUAGAUUCUAUAUUUUUAGUAUAUAUGUUGAUCGUGUUAUGAAUACUUCACAUUUUGUAAUGAACUUCUUUGCAACACACAUUAUUGUGUUUGUUGUGAAUGGAAGUUUCGGUUAGUUGUCUUGGAAUGGAAGAUUUACUCUUGUCCAA